ACCUGCGUCUAGAAGUCAAAGUGAAACGACCCACAUAUGAUUGGCUGUUUAUUGAUCGUCGUUCGCAGGCAUCGAUAGUACUCUCGCCCCGUGCGGCUUCUUCACUCCGAAAACGUUUCUCCGUUCAUUUCAUUUGGAAGGUACGCAGGUACACAGAUACGAAAAGUGGAUGAUAUACCUGAACACGGCAUAUAGCGGCUUGGUGUAGUAGAACAGGCGCCCUCGACUCAAUUAAGUCUGGAAACUGUGGGUCUGCUGUCGAUUCUGGCUGGAAACGCUCACACGGGUGUCUUCCCGCAAUUCCAUACUCCUCAUCGAUGCAGGAGAUGUGGAGAAGGGAAGUAAUGUGGAGAUCUGUGUAUAAGACUCCACAAGCACGCCUUCAAUUUUCACUCGGCAACCCACUCCACCAUCACAUUCUUUCACCAUGAUCUCUUCUGUUCUUGCUCUAGCUUCGCUCCUCGUCGCUGCUGGCGCACAGCAGGCUGGUACUAACACUGCUGAGCAGCAUCCUCCUCUCACGGUCAGCAUCUGUACCAGCAGCGGAUGUACGACGUCUACCCAAUCCAUUGUGAUUGACGCCAACUGGAGAUGGCUUCACGCCACCACGGGAUACACCAACUGCUACACUGGUAACACCUGGAACGCUACCAUUUGCCCUGAUGGUGUCAAGUGCGCAGCCAACUGUGCAUUGGACGGAGCAGACUACUCUGGCACAUAUGGUAUCACUACCACUGGCAAUGCCCUCAAGCUUAACUUCAUCACCAAGGCUUCCCAGACGAACGUUGGUUCCCGAACCUACUUGAUGGCAGCUGGCAGCACCACCAAGUACCAGAUGUUGAAGCUCUUGGGCCAAGAGUUCACCUUCGAUGUGGAUGUUUCCAACCUGCCCUGUGGAUUGAACGGUGCUCUCUACUUCUCGGAAAUGGACGAAGAUGGAGGCAUGUCGAGAUUCUCAACCAACAAGGCUGGUGCCAAGUACGGAACUGGAUACUGUGAUGCUCAAUGCCCACAAGAUAUCAAGUUCAUCAACGGAGUGGCCAACUCCGUUGGCUGGAAUGCCUCAGCCAAUGAUGUCAAUGCCGGUUCUGGACAGUAUGGAUCCUGCUGUAACGAGAUGGAUAUCUGGGAAGCCAAUGUGGUUUCUGCCGCUUAUACCCCUCAUCCUUGCUCCGUCUCUCAGCAAACACGUUGCAGCGGAACCGAUUGCGGAAUUGGUGCCAGAUACUCCUCGUUGUGUGAUGCCGAUGGAUGCGAUUUCAACUCCUACAGAAUGGGUGAUACCUCCUUCUAUGGUGCAGGCAUGACCGUCGACACCACCAAGGUUUUCACCGUUGUGACCCAAUUCGUCACCAACGACGGCACAACCAGCGGCACCCUCAGCGAAAUCCGUCGAUUCUAUGUCCAGAACGGAGUUGUCAUCCCCAACUCCCAAUCUACCGUCUCCGGCGUGACCGGUAACUCACUCAGUGACACUUGGUGUGCUGCUCAAAAGACCGCAUUCGGUGACCAGAACGUCUUCGCAACCAAGGGCGGUCUCGCCACAAUAGGUGCUUCCUUGAAGAAGGGAAUGGUCCUCGUCAUGUCCAUCUGGGACGACCACGCGGCCGACAUGCUCUGGCUCGACGCUCCUUACCCACCUACCAAGGACGCCUCCACUCCAGGUGUCUCCCGUGGUACGUGCGGAGCUGAUUCUGGAGUCCCAGCAUCUGUCGAGUCUGUUGCUGCCAGCGCAUCCGUCACCUACUCCAACAUCAAGUGGGGUCCCAUCAACUCCACUUACACCGUAUCCAAAUAA